AUGCCUCUGGCGUCCAAGGACACCGGAACCAGUGCAUUUCCCUGCCAUGGCAGGAACUCUGUGGAUAUUGUGGAGAGACUGAAUGACUACUACCACCACCCCCACACCCAGGAAGAAACAGAGGAAGAUGAAACAGAGGUCCAGUACCACAACUGGAAGAAAUGGGACUGCUUUAUGGAAACCCCAGAGCAACAGGGCUACAGGAUCAAGUCCCUCAAGCUCUACAAGAAGGAGCUGCCACCCAUGCACAACUUCAGGCCCUGGAGCUUCAACACCAACUCCAGCUACAGGGAGGAGGACCAGGUUGUCUCCCAGUAUCGCUCGAUCUGUGUACAGACCUCCAACCACCUCUUCUGGGCAAACAAGCUCAUCCAGGCAUCAGAGCACAGCCUACAGCGGGCCUUCAAAAUUCAGUGCUACAAGAGUUCCCUGGAGCAGAAGUCUGUCCACACUGGUCAGCUUCUCCCAAAUGUAUCCCCAAGGUCACCAAGCCCCCACAUGUCCUGCACCAGCCUGCCAACAGCCAUUGGCCUGGCAGAGCUUAUCAAUUUUGCAUCCUCCCUGGCCAUAGCUUCCUUCAGCAAUAUGGAGGACAUGAUCAAAGGUCCACCUGAGAAGGCCCGGGAGCCUUCCAUAGAGCUUAUGCAGCCUGUCCAGGCUGCCCAGCUCACCCAGCCUGCCCCAGAGAAACACAAGCUUCCAGAGAAAUUGCCCAAACCCGUGGAGACGUGCCAACCUUGGACCCAGAAAACUCAGAACUUCCCUUGCUCUUACCUAGACUUCAGCAAGACAGGGUUCAAGAAGGCCACUAUCAAAGGGGAAGUAAAGUUUCUCUAGGCACCAGCCCUGUCCCCCCAGCUUCAGGAAGUCAAAGAAGACUCAGUGCCAGGAACCAAAAAAGGGACUCCAUUAUUGCUGAAAAUCCAUUUUAAGCUGUCCUCCCCCUCAACCCCAGAGAAAUGA